UAACCCGAGCACUCAAAUGCCAAAAUGAAACCGGAAGAAACAGGAAGUAGGUCAGGGAGGACAAUAAUAGGGUUACACCCAAGCGUGGGUUUCCAAGGCGCGGAAUCUUCCGUACACACCGAUUUAAAGCGGCGAGGAAGGGACCCUGGGACCAUGGCUUUCCCUGAACCAAAGCCGCGGCCACCGGAGCUGCCGCAGAAACGGUUGAAGACGCUGGACUGCGGGCAAGGGGCGGUGCGAGCCGUACGAUUUAACGUGGAUGGCAAUUACUGCCUGACGUGCGGCAGCGACAAGACCCUGAAACUAUGGAAUCCACUUCGGGGGACGCUGCUGCGGACGUACAGCGGCCACGGCUACGAGGUGUUGGAUGCGGCCGGCUCCUUUGACAACAGCAGCCUCUGCUCCGGCGGCGGAGACAAGGCGGUGGUCCUGUGGGAUGUGGCAUCGGGGCAGGUCGUGCGCAAAUUCCGGGGCCACGCAGGGAAGGUGAACACGGUGCAGUUUAAUGAAGAGGCCACAGUUAUCCUGUCCGGCUCUAUUGAUUCCAGUAUCCGCUGUUGGGACUGCCGCUCACGGAGGCCUGAGCCAGUGCAGACGCUGGAUGAGGCCAGAGAUGGCGUGUCCUGCGUGAAGGUGUCAGACCACGAGGUCCUGGCAGGCUCUGUGGAUGGCCGCGUGAGACGCUAUGACCUGAGGAAGGGGCAGCUCUUCUCAGACUACGUGGGCAGCCCCAUCACCUGCACCUGCUUCAGCCGGGACGGGCAGUGCACCCUAGUGUCCAGCCUGGACUCCACAUUGCGGCUCCUGGACAAAGACACAGGGGAACUGCUAGGCGAGUACAAGGGCCAUAAGAACCAGGAGUACAAGCUGGACUGCUGCCUGAGUGAGCGAGACACACAUGUGGUCAGCUGCUCUGAGGACGGGAAGGUGUUCUUCUGGGACCUGGUGGAGGGUGCCCUGGCUCUGGCUCUGCCUGUGGGUCACGGCGUGGUGCAAUCACUGGCCUACCACCCCACGGAGCCCUGCCUGCUGACCGCCAUGGGAGGCAGCGUUCACUGCUGGCGGGAGGAGGCCUAUGAGGCAGAGGAUGGAGCAGGCUGAAGCCGGAGGACCUACCACCAGGACCAAGGACAGACAAAGAUGCAGAAGGACCGCAGAGACCAUUUUAUUCUAGAGAUGCAGCUGACCAAGGAGUAGGGGAGGGGCUGGGUCUGCAAAUUAAUAAAUAGAGGGGGGAUAAGGCCUCCCUGGAACCGCA